CCUUUAAAAUAAAUUUAAAAUGCCAGUUCAAAUUUCAAUCUUAAAUGAAAACGUUUCUCAAAAUCAUAUUAAAGGCUUCCACAGGCAUUACCAGAGAUUGGGUAAGUUUCAUUGGCAGCUUGUGCAGAAGAAAAAAGCGUAUUGUAGGAUUUAAGGAAGGCGGAAGCCAUGGCCGUGGGGAGUUCCGAUCUUCUGCAAUUGACCUCUUUUGUAUUUACGUAUUUGUCUCUUUGUUGUGUUUGUAAUUUGUAUGGUUUUUUAAGCCCCAAGUGGGAAUUCUUUUGGUAAUAUGCUGUUUCAAUUCCCACAGGAUUCGGCAGAGGAUAAUAUGCUCUUGUUAAUUCCCCUCGUUUCCUCCAUUCUCUCUUUUCUCCUUAACCCCCUUCUCAUUUUCAUCGUAAAAUCGCAUAUUCCCAUUUUGAUUCCCCAUUUUCUCUAUGCAAUUGCACUCACGUUUUCUUUCGAUUGUUGUGUAUAUAAACAUAAUCCCCCCUUUGCUUUCCUCUGUAAUUUGGGCCAAUUAUGAAGUUCUGGAAGAUUCUGUGCAUUUUGAUUGAAUCCACUCUGCCCGAAUGGCGGGAUGAGUUCAUUUCCUAUAAGAAAUUGAAGAAGCAACUGAAGCUGAUGUACCCUGAUAGAGAUGCUGAAGGCCCACCUGAGCGCAAGCGCCGAAAGUUGGAUGGAGAAGCAUCCAUGGAAAUCUUUUUGAAUCUGCUGGAGGAAGAAUUGGCCAAGUUCAACCACUUCUUUGAAGGCAAGGAGGAGUAUUAUGUUAUCAAGUGGAAGUUAUUGCAGGAGAGGAUAGCGGAGAUCGAAGAUUCGGACGAAAUGCUGAUGAAAGUAGGGAGAGACAUUGUGGACUUUCAUGGAGAGAUGGUUUUGUUAGAGAAUUACAGUGCCCUUAAUUACACAGGACUGGCGAAGAUUCUAAAGAAGUACGAUAAGCGAAGUGGCGAGCUCAUCCGCGUGCCUUUCAUCAAGAAGGUGUUACACCAACCGUUCUACUCAACCGACGUGCUCGACAAGCUAUUGAAAGAGUGUGAAAUGAUGCUUGAUCUUCUCUUCUUCAAGAAAGACCCAUCAUUCCCCGCUGAAGUGAUCAAUGUGGAAGAAAGGGGCUGCUCGGAGGCGGAGGAAAAGGCUGCAACGGAGAGUAAAGAAAAUGUGCUGAACAUUCCUGAAGAUCUUGCAGAGAUCGAGUACAUGGAGAGCAUGUACAUGAAGCUGACGUUAUCGGCGCUGAACGUUCUGAAGGAGAUCAGGGGUGGAAGCUCAACCAUAGAUGUGUUCUCGUGGCUCUGAACAGCGAGAACAUCACAGGGAGAUGAAAAGAUGAGCAUUUUAUGUUGGCAAAAAUGAAUGAUAGAAUUGUGGGUUUGUAUAGAAUUACCAUAUUAUUAUGCAGUUUUAAUUGUUAAUUUUCCUUCUAUAGUUUUGUUGAAGUGAAUGAACUGCAUUUUGUUUGUGGAUUUCAC